AUGUGCACCACGGAGAUGACGGAGUCGUACACGAUGUCGCCGUCGACGACGGUGUCCUCCAGCGGCGCGACGCCCGGCUGCAUGAGCGGCUCGCCGGCGCACCGACGGACCUCGUGCAGAGGCUCGCCGAGCCGUGGGGACAACGCGCAGGACAACGACGACGACGAGAUCUCCGUGGGUUGCCCGAGCCCGCUGCCGCUGGUGGUGGCGACGCCGAACACGGAGGACGAGCUGCCGACGAGGGAGGAUUACGCCGACCGGCUGAGCCCGAGGAGGUCUUAUCCGGCGAUGACGGAGGACGAGGAGGGCUACUCGCGCAACGGCGACUACAGGGUGCCGAACGGCCGGGCGAGGACCCGUGACACCGACACCAUCACCACCCUCAGGGACGACGAGGAGGAGGACGAGGAAGAAGAGGAGGAGGAGGAGGAGGACAUCGACAGCAGGACAGCGGGCGGCAACAACAACGCGACCGCCGGCACCACUGACGAUUACUUCAAGCCGCUGAAGCGUCUGAAGAUGGUGCCGAUGCAGCACUCGGAUGAGGAGGACGAGCGGGAGCGGGAGUCGAACGAUCGUGGCGUCAAAUCAUUCAGCAUCCUGGACAUCCUGUCCCAUCGGCCGAAGGCGAAAAUCGUCCGGCCCUGGGACACGGCGGACUCCGGCCUCGGGCAUCAGCAUCGUCACCAUCACCUCCACCAUCACCAGCCGCACCAUCCGCAUCACCACCACCUGCACCACCAUCACCACCACUCGGGGCCGCGGGAUCUCUCGCUGAUGGGGAUGUCGCUCGCGUCCAUGUCCGGCUCGAUCAGCGAGCCACCGCUGAGCAGCUCCUCGUCGUCCGGCCGGAGCUCCGUGUCGGAUUCCGGCAGUCCGGAUCCGCUCGCCCAUCAUCACCAUCAUCACGCCGCCCUCCACCACGGCCUCCACCCCGGGCUCCAUCAUCCGGCGCUGCCGCAGCAGCCGCAGCAGCCGCAGUUCAAGCGGAAAACCUCGCAGCAGCAGCAGCAGCACGCCGGGCAGAACGGCAAGAGGACGACCGGGCAAGGCAGCCCGUUGGACGCGCUGUUCCAGAUGACCAGUAAGACCUUCGACGCGGGCGAGCACAGCCAAGAGCAAGCCAAUCACUUGAACCUGUUCAAUAACCGGCAGCAGCCGAAGAAGAAGCGCAAGAGCCGGACCGCGUUCACGAAUCAGCAGAUCUUCGAGCUGGAGAAACGAUUCCUCUAUCAGAAGUACUUGAGCCCGGCCGACAGGGACGAGAUCGCCGCUCAGCUCGGGCUGAGCAAUGCCCAAGUGAUCACGUGGUUCCAGAACAGGAGGGCGAAGCUCAAGAGGGACAUGGAGGAGCUCAAGAAGGACGUGCAGACUGUGAACCCACUUCUGGUCGCCCAACAUCACAAGACCUUCCUGGAGAACGUGCAGGAUCUCGGGAUCCUGAAGAAACGACCAUUGCCAAACUCCAUGGACGAGAAAUCGUAG